CCUCUGUUGCAGCCAAUCAGAUCACGGUAUGUUCUUCUGGAAAAAAAGAUGUCUCCUAUGAAGCUAUGUGUUCCAGGUGAGAGACUGUGCAGCAUCGAUGAUUGUAUUGCGGGGGUUGGGACUUACUCGCGGCACGGCUACAUCUUGGCUUCCCUCGCUGGCUAUGUGCUGAAGAAAAAUGAGGGAGAAGAGCUGCCAGUGAUCUCUGUUGUGAGAGAGACCGAAGCUCAGCUCCUGCCUGAUGUUGGUGCUAUAGUAACUUGCAAGGUGACCAGUAUAAACCCAAGGUUUGCAAAGGUUCACAUCCUUUAUGUGGGGUCAACCCCCCUAAAGGACAAAUUCAGAGGAACCAUAAGAAAAGAAGAUGUCAGAGCAACAGAAAAAGAUAAGGUGGAGAUCUACAAAAGUUUCAGACCUGGAGACAUUGUUCUAGCAAAAGUGAUCUCCCUGGGUGACGUCCAGUCCAACUACCUUUUGACAACAGCAGAGAAUGAGCUGGGGGUAGUGGUGGCACACAGUGAGGCAGGGGCGCAGAUGGUGCCCAUCAGCUGGUGUGAGAUGCAGUGCCCUAGAACUCAUGCCAAGGAGUUCCGGAAGGUGGCAAGAGUGCAGCCAGAGUACCUUCAGGCAUGAAGUCACCACAGAUUAACUCUCCUCUGGCCAGCCUCACACCGGGGCUUCUCCUCAGACAGCAUCUCAACAGGGAACCUGGAGCACACAGCCUCCCACAGAGACACCACCAUUAUUUACUCAUUGGAAAACUGAACUGAAAAUAAAUUUAUCUUUAGAACAUGUGUCACAUGAACUGGAGAGGGCAAUGUUUUUGAAGUCUGAAGGUACCCUGUUCCUUCCAAUCAAGGACACUUAGACAUUGGGGUACUUUUACAGAGGUUGAAAUAAAAGUUUUAUGUUGAUGGAUUUAAUUGCUCCAUGUUUGAAAAAAGACCUAGUUUAAUAAAAAAGUACACUAUUUUUUAAGAAA